UUUCGAAGGCAAAUAUGAAUAAGGGCCUGAGUGAGUAAGUACGUAUGAAGGAGGCGAAAGUACAGAAUAGCCCAUUUUUAUUGUGGUAUUUUAAUUUUUACAGUAUACUAUUAAUUUUUAUAUAUAGGCAUGUAGUCCGACCUGAAUCGAUGUACAUCAUGGAAUUGGGCAGGUUUCAAGUGUGAUUCAGGGGUAGUCUAGGCAGGGGGGGAAAUGUUUUUUAUGUCCACCUCCCUUCCUACCGAGGCAGUGCUUUAACAAUCCUCCAAGAGUCAACACCCACACUGCUACACAGCCUGUGUUUACUGUGUUACUACUCCUUAUCUUUUGAAGUCAGACAAAUUUGAUGAAUAUGAAUCCUCAUUGUGCGCGCUGUGGGAAAAUUGUUUAUGCCACAGAGAAAGUCAACUGCCUGGAUAAGUAUUGGCACAAAGGAUGCUUCCACUGUGAGGUCUGCAGGAUGACUCUCAACAUGAAGAACUACAAAGGCUAUGAAAAGAAGCCCUACUGUAAUUCGCACUAUCCAAAGCAGUCAUUCACCAUUGUUGCAGAUACUCCUGAGAACCUUCGACUGAGACAGCAAAGUGAGCUUCAGAGUCAGGUGAAGUACAAGAAAGACUUUGAGGAGAGCAAAGGACGAGGCUUCAAAUUUGUGAUGGACACUCCUGAGCUGCAGAGACUACGACGAGCCCAGGAUCAGAUCAGUAAUGUGAAAUACCACAAGGACUUUGAGGUGAUGGGCCCACAAGGAGUCACACAUGGUGUUCAUGCGCCUUACCUUGUGCGUGGCCAGCUGCGUCAAAACGUCCAAACAGAAAAUACAGGGCACAAGGGUGUGCACCAGUACAUAGUGGAGAUGGCCCGGAGGCCUGGUGUCAUCGUAGCUCCUGUGCUGCCAGGCGCUUACUACCCCAGUGGACACGUCCAGGGGCACAGCUACAUGCACCAGACCAGCAUGCACUCCUUACGGUCCCUGCAGAGUGUGUACAGAGCCCUCUACGAUUACGUGAGCCAAGACACGGAUGAGGUGUCGUUUCGGGACGGUGACAUCAUCCACAGCGUGCAGCCCAUUGAUGGGGGUUGGGUGUACGGCACGGUGCAAAGGACUGGCAGGUCUGGGAUGCUCCCUGGUAACUACAUAGAGGGUCUCCACUAAGGCUUACCAAACUAACUCGAGGCCUGGAACACAUUCAAGUUGUACAACUGUUUUGAUACGACAAUUUGUCUGCACAAAAAUAAUUACAAAGGCCUCAGUUCAAUCAGAUCGAGCGUAAAAACCCUCAUUGGCCAACAUCCGCAUAGUGUAUAACUGCGGUAUGAGAUGACAAAUCGGUGAGCGGCUGCUUUUGUGUCACCAACCACUCCCUUUCUUAUUAUCCCUACUGCGUUAGAAGUUCAAAACAGUGAUUGGAAAUGUAGGCUCUAUCGAUUUAUAGAAAUAUUGACAGGGGCUAAUGCAUGUUUUCAUGUUCAUUUUGAUGGGGGGAUUUAUAGCCUAUCAGUCUAGUCAAGGUGUAGACAGUAGAACAUCACACAUUCAAGUGUUGGAACUUGGGUGUGGUUUCAUUGCAUCAAAUGUCAGUGUCCAGGGCCUCCUGACCGGCGCAGUGGUCUAAGGCACUGCAUCGCAGUGCUAGCUGUGCCACUAGAGAUUCUGGGUUAGAUUCCAGGAGACCCA